UUUGCAGGUAUUGCCUAAGAUGAUAACCAUCCUUCUGCUUUCCCUGGGAGUAUCUGCCUUUGCGUUCAAAUGUGAGUCGCCAAAACAUUCUGCGUCUACCUUCUCGACGACAGAUGGGUUCUUCCAUUUCCAUACCACCUUCAUCGCUGAGUUCACUCUACAGUGCAGCAAUAGUAUGAAGGACGCUCCAUUCUAUGCAGUAGUUAAUGGCAACAUCUAUAAUGUAGCAGUAUCCGUAGAGACUGCAAAAUAUCAGGUCUCUUGGACUCAAGAGCAUGACCAGUCUGAUGCACAAACCUUUGCCAUAAAGAUUUAUGACGAAGAUGGUAUUGCUGCCUACCGAAAAGAUUCCAAUACUGCUCCAUUGUUUACCAUCACUCAUUAUCACCCCGGUCUCACACGAAAGCCAUUCGUCUCGUCGGAAACCAUUGCCUUGUUCCUGUGUGUCGCUGCCUUAUACUAUGCAAUCAAGCAAAAGUCUGAGAUUAGCCGUUAGAUUUUUUGCUGUUCUAUACAUAUUGAGUUGUUGUUAUAAUACGUGGUGUAAGUUAUUUUAACAGUUGCUAGAGUUUUCCGAAUUUUUUGAUAUCUGGAAUUGUUUGUAAUUUCACUUUUAUUAUAUUUUCUACAAUGAAAAUCUAUCUUUGUUC